AUGACGACCAGCACCUCCGUCAAAGCACCGCCUGUUGCACGCCGUCAGCAUGUUACUUUUCUCUCAGGCUCCGAGAUCCCCUGCCGAGUGAGCCUGGGGCCACGGGGACGCCCAGUUAACGUGUGUUACCACGAGGAGGCCCAGCAGGAGUCUUGGUUCUUCCUCAAGUUCUUCCUGAAAUGCAACCAGAACUGUCUGAAGAACGCAGGGAACCCACGAGACAUGAGACGCUUUCAGGUGGUGGUGUCUACCACGGUGAGUGUGGACGGUCAUGUCCUCUCUGUGUCUGACAACAUGUUUGUCCACAACAACUCUAAACACGGUCGCCGGGCCAGGAGACAAGACCCCUCAGAAGGAACACCCUCGUACCUGGAGCAUGCCACCCCUUGUAUCAAGGCCAUCAGCCCCAGUGAGGGCUGGACUACAGGCGGGGCUACAGUCAUUAUCAUUGGAGAAAACUUCUUUGAUGGACUUCAGGUCAUAUUUGGUACCAUGCUGGUCUGGAGUGAGCUCAUCACAGCCCACGCCAUCCGGGUGCAGACUCCCCCAAGACACAUCCCCGGGGUUGUAGAGGUCACGCUGUCAUACAAAUCUAAACAGUUCUGCAAGGGCACACCUGGACGCUUCAUAUACACAGCGUUGAAUGAGCCCACUAUAGAUUACGGCUUCCAGAGGUUACAGAAGGUCAUCCCCAGACAUCCAGGAGACCAGGAGAGACUACCUAAGGAAGUCAUUCUAAAGAGAGCGGCAGACUUGGUAGAAGCGCUGUACGGGAUGCCACACAACAACCAGGAGAUGAUUCUGAAGCGAGCAGCAGACAUGGCAGAGGCGUUGUACACAACGUUGCCACGCAGCCACAACCAGCUGACUGGGAUGGGCAGCGGCUCCGUCCACGCCGGCAUGAUGGCCGUCAACUCCUUCCCCGGGUCAGAGGUCACACAGAUAGCCAAUCAGGGUUACAGUAGGAGUAGCAGCAGUGCAUCUCCUCAUGGUUAUGUCCCCAGCACCACUCCACAGCAGACCAGCUACAGCUCUGUUUCCACUAGCAUGAACGGCUACACUAACUCUGGCAUGACCACUCUAGGAACCUCACCCAACUUCCUCAACGGGUCAGCCACCAACUCACCCUACGCUAUUGUUCCCUCCAGUCCCACCAUGGCCUCCACCACCAAUCUUCCAUCCAACUGCAGUAGUUCUUCAGGCAUCUUCUCCUUCUCUCCGGCCAACAUGGUGUCUGCUGCGGUCAAACAGAAGAGCGCCUUCGCCCCUGUAGUACGGCCGCAGACCUCCCCUCCACUCACCUGCACCAGCGCUAUUGCUAACGGACUGCAAGAUCAGUCUUUUGUGGACUCUAGCAAGUACUCCUCCUCCAGCUCUCUUCAGGGUCUGGCCUUCUCCUGA